UACUGACUCAUCUUCUAAGGAGUCUUGCUAGUCGGAAUGGUGAACAAGGGGGCAAUAACUUGUCUUACAUUUUGCGAGAACCAGAGAAUUUGUUGAGAGAAGGGGGUUCAUCUAGGGAGUCAGAGAUGGUGCCAACUUUACUCUCCAAUGGUUCUCAAGGCUCUCCAACUGAUAUAAGACAACAUCAAACUGUAUCUAUGAAUAAAAUGCAACAAGAAGUGGUGCAUGCACAUGAUGCUAGGGCUACUGAUCAGCAGCUCAUGUCUUAUAUAAAGCCCAGCAUUUCAAACACUCCUCCAGCUUACGCAGAAGCCAGAGACAGUACCGCUGGACAAAUCAAGAUGAAUAAUUUUGAUUUGAAUGACAUAUAUAUUGACUCAGACGAUGGCAUAGAAGAUCUAGAAAGAUUGCCUGGAACUACUAAUCAUGUCACUAGCUCUCUUGAUUACCCAUGGACACAACAAGAUUCCCAUCAGUCAAGUCCACCUCAGACAAGUAGAAAUUCAGAGUCUGGAUCUGCCCACUCCCCUUCUAGUUCCACUGGAGAAGCUCAGUGUCGCACAGAUCGUAUUGUUUUCAAACUCUUUGGUAAAGAGCCGAGUGAUUUUCCUCUUAUACUUAGAGCACAGAUUCUUGACUGGUUAUCACACAGUCCUACUGAUAUUGAAAGCUACAUACGACCUGGUUGUAUUGUUUUGACAAUUUAUCUGCGCCAGGCUGAAGCUGUUUGGGAGGAAAUUUGCUAUGAUCUGACUUCUAGUUUGGGUAGGCUACUGGAUGUCUCAGAUGAUACUUUUUGGAGAACUAGAUGGGUUCACAUCAGGGUGCAGCAUCAGAUGGCAUUCAUUUUCAAUGGUCUCUUACCUUAUAACAUGGAUUGUUGAUCUCUGUAUUUAUUGCAUCUGUUUAUAGGGUUCAAAGUUGCUCACCUCCGCUGCUCUCCUAAUUUAUGCUUAUGGUGCUGGUGGCUUUCCUGCUUGGAGCAUUAAUUUGUUG